AGUUGUUUUGGAAGUCCAGAAAAAAGAAAUUUAGCAUUUUUCUUGCAUUUCUGGCUUAAAAAUCCCCGUAAAAUGUCUCUUUCGAGUUUAUUACCUGCUCCAACGAACACUGUAUGGGAUCGUGACAAUGAAAAACCCGCAGCUAAACCUUCUUCCGCUUUAAUUCAAGUAAAAAGCUCUGCUCCUCCCUAUGGAUCUCGACGUGGUUGGAUCCCGAGAAACGAAUCCGAUUAUGGAGAUGGCGGCGCAUUCCCCGAAAUUCACGUCGCGCAAUAUCCUUUGGGACUCGGAGCUCCCGAAAAUGCGCAUAAAAAGUCAAAUGCCAUUGCCGUGCGAUUAGAUGCCAAGGGAAAAGUCAAAUACGAUGCGAUUGCGAGACAAGGACAUGGAAAAGAUAAAAUCGUGUACACGAAUAUCAAUCAAUUGUUGCCAGCUGAAGUUUUGAACGAAGAUGCGGAAGAAUUGCAAACGCCUGAUGACGAAACAAUUAACGAUACAACGGAAAAAACGAGACUCGCCUUGGAAAAAUUGACAAAUCAGAAGAUUUCGGCGGCGUUACCUGUUCGUGCGGCGGAAAAACAAGCUCCGGCUCAGUACAUUCGUUAUCGGCCGACACAACAAGGCGAUGCUUUUAAUUCGGGAGCGAAGGAACGUGUAAUUCGUAUGGUUGAAGCGCAAGUUGAUCCGCUUGAGCCUCCAAGAUUCAAAAUUAACAAGAAAAUUCCUCGAGGACCUCCAUCGCCGCCUGCGCCUGUUUUGCAUUCGCCAUCGCGCAAAGUUACGGUAAAAGAGCAAAAAGAAUGGAAAAUCCCUCCGUGCAUCAGUAAUUGGAAAAAUGCCAAAGGUUACACGAUCCCGUUAGAUAAACGUCUCGCUGCCGACGGAAGAGGCUUGCAACAAGUUCAUAUCAACGAAAAAUUCGCAAAAAUGGCAGAAGCUCUAUUCAUUGCUGACAGAAAAGCUCGUGAAGCUGUCGAAGCUCGUGCCCAGCUCGAGAAAAAAUUAGCACAAAGGAAAAGGAGAAAAAAAGACGCUCUUCGACAAUUGGCUCAAAAAGCUCGCGAUGAACGUGCCGGCAUCCGAAAUACGGCUCACGACGAAGCAGGAACCUCCGCCGAAGCUCGCGAACGUGACGAAAUCCGUAACGAACGACAUCGCGAUCGGGCUCGUGAUCGAAAUUUGGCUCGUGCUGCACCCGAUAAGCGUUCAAAACUCCAACGAGAACGCGAACGAGACAUUUCCGAGCAAAUCGCCUUGGGAAUGCCCGCGAAAACGAAUAUGGGCGGCGAAGCGCAAUUCGAUCAACGUUUAUUCAAUACGACAAAAGGCAUGGAUUCGGGAUAUGGCGACGACGAAGCUUACAAUGUUUAUGACAAACCAUGGCGUGAAUCAGGCAGUUUGGCAAAUCAUUUGUACAGACCAAGCAAAUCGUUGGAUCAAGAUAAUUACGGCGAAGAUUUGGAACGAAUUGUUAACACGAAUCGUUUUGUGCCAGAUAAGGAGUUUAGCGGAACAGACAGAUCGGCACAAGCAGCGAGACAAGGACCCGUUCAAUUCGAGAAGGAGGAGGAUCCAUUCGGGUUGGAUCAAUUCUUGAAUGCCGCUAAAAAAGCUCCCAAACGGAAGGAGGAGGAAAAGAGAUCAGAUAAAGAUAAGAAAAGACGUAGAGAUUAAAAUAAUUUUCAGUUUUUGACGAAAAUCCAUUAAAAAAACAAAAAUAAAGUUUA